AACUUUAUCCAAUUAAGUGUUUUUGAAUGUGUGCAUGUGUAAAUUAUGAAAUUGUUUGACUGAUUUUAUCUACGAUAAUUGUUCAAUCCACCAGUAAACGUGAGAUAUGUCGGGAGAAUAAAUAUCUAGGAACACAUUUUUUAAUUCGUGUUGCAUUCCGAACAUGAUUUGUGAUGCGCAUGACAGUAACACAUAAACUGCAUGUUUAUUUUUGGUAACGCUUCAACACGAAUUAAACCCUUGCAAAUAUUUAAUUGGAGAUCGUUUAAUGUGUAUAAGAUGGAGGACCAGGAGAUGCAACUGAAAGUUAAAAGAGUGACUGACAAAUUCACGGAGAACAUGUACGUGUUGGCUAACGAGCCAUCAGUGGCUCUUUAUCGACUGCAAGAACACGUUAGAAGGUCCCUCCCAGAGCUAGUACAACACAAAACAGAUAUGCAGAGCUGGGAGGAGCAAAGCCAAGGAGCAAUCUACACUGUGGAAUAUGCAUGCAGUGCAGUGAAAAGCAUGACAAACAGCAGCCUGUACUUCAAAAGUAUCGAUGGCCUCCUUCGUCAAGCCAUCAGCAUGAAGGAACAGAUCAGCACCUCCCAGGGGCGCAGCGCACAUGAAGCGACCCCCUCUCCCAUUCCCCCUGCCACUCCACCACAUCCCCCAUCCACUUCCUCCUGACCUCUGGAAGACACUGUCCAAGCAGGAGAAGAACCACAGACCCAAGAGUGCUGAAGGAAGGAGGAGAGAAACACAGCUCUGGGACAUGAUGAUGAUGACGAUUUUGUGGCAUUGCAGUGAGGCUCUGGCCAAGUUCCCUCUGAAAGGGAGCUGUGGGGUCAGGAGGUCAUUCACCCUACCAUCACAAUGGUGCCCUGCCCCCACCACCUCAACAAGACACUCAAUGGAAUGGAAAGCCAGCAGCUUUGCCAGGACAUACAUUAACACGUCAAAGAUGUCAUUAUUUUGGGCCUUGUGUAUCAAUCAAUUGGAGGGACUCUGAAAGUAGUGACUUUUGCCUCUGCUGCAAAUUAACUGGAAUAUAUCUGUAGGAAUCUAAAUUAAGUUUUCCUUUCUAGGGUCACAACUAUUUGGUAGAAGCUGUUAAUUGUUUAGCCGUUGGUCUAAACGUAUGUAAUGUCUGAUAAUUUAGCUAAAGCAGAUUCACUUAAAAGCUUGCACGUGAGGUUCAUUUGUAUUUAUUAUGGAACCCCAUUAGCUGCUGCCAAAGCAACAGCUACACUUCUUGGGAUCCAGCAAAAAUGAAUGCAGUAAUAUAUAUUAGAAUAUAAUUUUAAACAUUAAAAUAAAUGUUACAACAUAUUAACUGUCUCUCUGCAGGCCACUACUCUAAUGCAACACACUAUCCAGGUGUGUGUACAUAUGUGUGUGUAGGGUACCUGUGUGUGUACAUAUGUACCCAUGUGUGUGACCCUUCAGUCCUCACUGUUCCAUAAGGUGUAUUUGUCUUUUUAAAAUCUGACUUUAUUGCUUUUGGGAGUUACUUGAUGUGGAAUAGUUAUGUGGGCUGACUACUGUGUACAUAACGCUACCAAAUAUGUAGCAGUUUGUUACUUUUGAUUUUGCCAAUGAGUUUGGGGUGACAAGUGUGAAGACCAGCUGGAUGCAGAUUGCUUUGGUCCACAAUAUGUCCUGGUCAUUAACUAGGCCUUACUGUUAUUUGUUGUUGGUCUUACCUGCUAAGUAUACUGAAACCCCAAGGCAAAAUAGUCCGAUGGCCACAUGUCGGACAGCUCGGCUAUCCAAUAGGAACCAGUCUGCUCUGUGGGAGGAAAUGAAGCAAAUGCAAUCAGUUACAUGACCAUACUAUUAGUGGAAAGUGCUAAAUUAUGUAUUUAGACCAAAAUAAAUUCAAGGUUGCAAUUAG